AUGGUCGGUGCAGUGGGAAUUGUGACAUCACCUGUUGCAACUGUUACUCAGCAGGCUAUGACAUGUGCGACUGUGGUGGUGGUGGCUGGCGAGUCAUGGCUGGAAGAGAAAAGGCAUCCAUUUUAUACUCUUGGAUUAAAGCAUCAUUUAUCUUCCAUGAAGAGAACAAGAGAGAAAACAUCAAAAGGAAAAAAGAGAAUUGAAACAGAAGCUACAAGUUGUUACUUUCCAGCAGCUACUGAAAAGGAAAUUGGUGCUGUAAACUCCAAUCUGGUGAUCUCAGAAACAUGUGGAAGCAUCAGAUUAAAGGAAGAGUUCUUUGACAUAUACUGUGAAGACUUAGCCAGGAACCUCAUAGGGAAAGUACUUGUGAGAAAAUUUGAUAAUAUAACCUUGAAAGCUAGAAUUGUUGAAACAGAAUCUUACCUUGGUGGUGUUGACAAGGCUUCACAUUCUUACAAUGGGAAAAUUACUGAGAGAAACAAACCAAUGUUCAUGAAACCUGGAACAACUUAUGUAUAUUUCACAUAUGGAAUGUACCAUUGCUUCAACAUUUCUAGUCAAGGGGAUGGGGCUGCUGUUCUUAUAAGAGCAUUGGAACCAAUUGAAGGAUUGAAUUACAUGUGUCUCCAGCGACAGCAAAGUAAGAAAAGAAAAAACGAUGGAAGUGUAAAAAUGUCAUUGCAAAACAACAAUCUGAAACCACAUGAACUAUGUAAUGGUCCAGGGAAGUUGUGUAUUAGCAUGAAUAUUGAUCGUCAUACUUGCAACAUGAAAGAUUUAAGUCUGUGGGAAGGGAUGUGGAUUGAGGAAGAUAAUGAAAGUCGUAAAAUAUCAGAAAGUGAGCUUUUUGUUAAAACACACAGAAUUGGUAUUGAUUCUGUUGGUGCAGAGUGGGCUAAGAAACCACUUCGUUAUUAUCUAAUGGGAAACAAAUCUGUUUGUCGGUUGGAUAAGCAGAAGGAGUUAGAACUUAGAAAUAUGGUUGUAUCAUCUUCAUGAGACACCCACUUUUGUGCAAUAUGUCCCUUGUGUUUUGUUACCAUGUUACUAGAACGGUAACUAAACUUAGUGUAAGAUUUUUGUAUGCUGGUGGACCAGUGGUUGGAAAAACUAGAAUACCUUCAUAUGAAGAGGCAUUAUUGUUUGCACAAACAAAGUUGACACUUGGCGCGGUGGCUGAUGGGAGGGACGCAAAUGGGAAAUGCCUUUGUGAUCGCUCACAUCAGGCACCGCGCCGUGUGUAGCACAGUAGACUUUAAUCUGUGAUCCUCUGUUUGGAAUGGUCUUACUAUUAGAAGCAAUAACAGAAUAAAAACCUAUGCCAAACAUAUUCUGGCAUCUUCCAGAUUUAACAUUUCCAUUUUUGAUAAUAUGUAAUGUUUUCUUUAAAAAAAAUGUACUGAUUCUUUUAACUCUUACAUCAAAUGAAAGUGUGUCUUUAUUAUUAUUAUUA